UCUGCACCGCAAAACUCUCUCUUUUAUUUAUUUUAUUUUCUCCUCUCGCUCAACUGGUCCGCCUCCAUCGCCGCCGCCUGCUGAUCUCUCCCUAGGGUUAGGGUUUGCGGCCGGAGCGGAGACCCGAUUGGAUUGGAUUGGAUUGAAGCGGCCGGCGCAGCGUGGUGGAAUCGAAUCGAAAAGAUUCGAUGGACGCGCAGCGUGCUCUGCUGGACGCGCUGAUGGGGUCGUCGCGGGACCUGACGGAGGAGGAGAAGAAGGAGCACCGUGAGGUGGCGUGGGACGACCCCGACGUGUGCGCCCCCUACAUGGCCCGCUUCUGCCCCCACGACCUCUUCAUCAACACCAAGAGCAACCUCGGAGUAUGCCCAAAGAUCCACGACCCGGCCCUAAAGCAAAGCUUCGAGUCCUCCCCCCGCUACGCCGCCGCCCUCCCCAAAUUUGAGGCCGACCUCGCCCACCGCUGCGAGAGGCUGGUCCAGGACCUGGAUAAGAAGAUCAGGCGCGGCCGCGACAGGCUGGCUCAGGACGUCGUCGAGCUGUCGCCCCCUGCUGCCCACGCCGAAAAGGUCGAGCAGCUCUCCAUCCUCGAAGAGAAGAUCAAGAAGCUGCUCGAGCAGAUUGAGCAGCUCGGCGACACCGGCAAGAUCGACGAGGCCACCGCCCUCAUGAGGAAGGUGGACAUUCUCAACCUCGAGAAGUCGGCUCUCACCCACCAGAUUGAGACCAAGCUCUCCAUGGUCCCGCAAGAGAAGAAGAUGGAGCUCUGCGAGCAGUGCGGCUCCUUUCUCGUCACCAACGACGUCCUUGAGAGGACGCAGUCCCAUGUCACUGGCAAGCAGCACAUUGGUUAUGGUCUGGUCAGGGAAUUCCUCGCAGAAUACAAGGCUGCGAAAGAAGCGGAGAAGCUUGCAAGGGAGAAGGAAGCAGAGGAGCGUCAGAACCGGGAGAGAGGAUACCAUAACAGAGGCCACCGCGACGACUAUAGGGAGAGAUCCAGGGAGCACGACCGUGACCGCUACUAUGAGCGGAGCCGUGACAGAGAGAGGCCCUAUGAGCAGGGAGGUAGAGGGUCGGACUAUAGAGGCGGUUCCUAUAACAGCCGGAGGGAUUCUGAAAGGGCGAGGCCCAGAGACAGGAACGGUGGUGAUUUUUCAAGAAGAGGAGACCCGGGGAGGAUGAGGAGCAGGUCCCGGUCUCCGGGCAGGCAUGGUUAUUAAUCAUUUCAAGUUAUAUGAGACUCGUGAGGAUUGGAUCGUCAACUUGGGUACAUGAACCAGAAGAAUUCGAGCGAGUGUUGUUGACAGAGAUGAAUGCUAGAUUUCAAUCAAUUACAGAAUCACCCUUUUGGUUCAUCACUUGUUGAAUUUGAGCAUGUAAAAAUCAUCACUUGUUUGAGACUCGAAACGUUUUGGAGUAUGUUCAAGUUGUAUUUUCUCGCAAAUG